UUUUGGUAUCAAAGUCCCUAAUGAACAGGGCAGUUUGGUACCAUUAAGAGGAUACCAAGGAGAGGAUAUUGAAAUCGUCUUACCGGGGAACUUGACGGUGUACGACAUCAACUGGCUCGCGGUAUGGUGCGUUGAAUACAGACACAAUUUCGGGCAUGUUCUAAUUCCAAAGGACCUCGAUGUUCCACCGGCUCUUGGCCAAACGAAAAUUACGACGAGCAGCACACCGGCACCUAGGCAGGUGACUAAUUGCAAAGAAAUGCUGAAUGGCCGUGUUCAAGUGCAAUGGCAGCUACAGGGUGAGGACGUGCAGAUUCGGAUCUCAGGACGCAUCGAGGAGGAUCAAUACGUGGCAUUUGGAUUGUCAGGUCGGGAUGGCAAGGCCGAGAUGAUCGGCGGCGACGUCGUCGUGAUCGGAUACAAUAAUAAAACUGGCAAAUUCAUCGCCGAGGAUUACUACAUGACGGACAUAUCUCAGUGUGACGGCAAGAGGGGUGUAUGCCCGGAUCAGAGGAUCGGUGGAAGAAACGAUGCAAUACUUGUGCAUGGGGAAAGACAGAAUGGCAUAACAACGGUUACGUACACACGUCCGCUAAGGACUAACGAGCCAGAGAAGGACAGAAUGAUUCCGGAAAGAGAAACAAGCGUGAUCGCUGCCAUCGGAUCUUUGAAUGCGCGAGGCGAAGCCAAUGCUCAUGAGAGAUUCGAUAAGACCACUGAGGAUAUUCGUAUUGAUUUUACGUCGAGAAAUGUUCACGAAUGUACAAAUUCCCUGUACAAUAUUCCGGACGCUCCUGAUCUUGAACCCUGGACGCCGGCUGUCAUCAAUGAUAAAAAUAUUUUGAAUGCAAGGAUUGGGCCAACUGGUGCGAAAAGAGGAUACUCACGAAUCACAGGUACACCUUCUUGGGGCAUCGCAUGGUACAUCAAUGAUUUACUGAUCCCGGAGAUCACCGUUGAGCGAGGAAAAACUUACACCUUCAUCGUGGAGGGUGGAGAUGAUCCUGCCAAUCCCGCUAGGUAUCAUCCAUUCUACAUAACUGACAGUCCAGAGGGUGGUCUCGGACAAAAUAUAGAGAAGCAAACGGAGGAAAGGGUAUUUGCUGGAGUAGAGUACGAUUCCAAUGGAUAUCUCCGCGCAACUGCAGCCGGCCGUUAUUGCGAAUGGACUCGUCUCAUAGUGAAUAACGCGGAUAAUUACAAGACAUUUAAGAGCUUCUUCGAAACACUCGAACUUAAAUGCGACAUGGGCGAGCCUGCCAAGCUCGUAUGGACUGUGAAAGAGGAUACGCCAGACUUAAUCUAUUAUCAGUGUUUCACGCACAAACAUCUGGGCUGGAAGAUUCAUGUUGUUGACCCGGGACGAUCGCAGAGAAACAUUAACGGCAUCAGUCAAGUUCUGCCUAUGUUUACGACGUUUGUGACCAUUAUCGUACUUCUUUUAUUCUCAAGAUGAAUCAUUGCAUUUCCUUUUUUCAAUGCGGAACAAAUAAUAGAAGACAAAGAUGACGACGAAAACUGAUCAAUUUAAAAUAAUUACGAAAACUAUACAACAAUGUACGAUUGUUAAAUCGACAAAACACAUACAAGGUUGUACGAAAGUAUUUAGUAUGUAAGAUCUAUUCUAAGGUAAAAGAUUAGCAAAAUAUUUUUAAGACC